AUGCAAGAGCUUGCGCGCGACUAUUCGAGAGAACUCAUCACUCCGUCAGGAGUUUUGUAUCUGGACAUGGCUCCAGAUACAAUAUGCAUCGUGCAAGUCGGGUUGCGCAUGACGGCCGUCGGCGCGUGUUGGUCAAGUUCUUUUCUUAUUCUUUUGUUCAGCCUUCGUUGGUAG